AUGGUUUCACCCAGGGUGAAACGCAUACGCAUAAUACUCCUGGUUGUCGGAGUGAUAUUAGUCUCAACCAUCAUUCACACUACUGCCAGUCCCAAUUACAAGGAACUCCUCACUUUUGAUAGCCCAUUUUCUCUUUACAGCAACAGAUUAACAGGCCAGGGUAAGUCCCAGGAUGAUUCCGGCACCCAAGAAGAUGACAACGUGUUAAAGCCGGAGGACGAAUCCCACAAGAACAAGUUUGGCGAAGCUGCGUUUGGCGGCGAUGAUGCAGCCCAUGAUUUGGGCGGUAAUGGGAAGCUUGUCAAGGAUUCCGUUUCUCUAUUGGCGAAAAUCCUGGCCGAAGCGAAGCCGACUUCUGCUCCACUUGUCAAAUACAACAAUGAUGAGAAGGCUGCUGAGCUCUUUCACACUAAUGAGGAUUUCCACUUCAGUGAGGAGUAUCUUUCGCAUUUGCUUGUAGUUGACGAUGAUACGGUCAAGGAUCUCACCAAGAAACACCAGCUGUUUGUGCAGAAGGCUUUCGUCGACAACAAGUUCCCUGUAUUCGGUGACUCCAAGAAAACUGCAUCCGGAAGAGGUAUAGUUAUUGUUGGAGGUGGUGAUUACAAUUGGCUGACUCUUUUGAAUAUCAACCAAUUGAGAACAACUGGAUGCACUUUACCGGUCGAAGUCUACAUUGCCAACGCUGAUGAUUAUGAGAAAGCAUUCUGCGAUGAAAUUUUGCCAGAGUUGAACGCCAAGUGUGUUCUGGGUCACAAAGAGAUCCCCAGCGGAUUGCGCAAUAGUGAAGCGAUUAGUGGAUUCCAGUACAAGUUGUACGCUUUUUUCGCGAGUUCUUUCCAGGAGAUUCUCUUUUUGGAUUCGGAUAAUGUCGUUGUGCGAGACCCCACUCCCAUGUUUGAUAGCAAGCCCUACCUGAAGACUGGCUUGGUUUUAUGGCCUGAUUGCUGGUCCCGUACUACUCAUCCAAAGUAUUACAGCAUAGCUGGCAUCAAAGUGGGCGACAAACCGGAUCGAGGCCAGUUUAAGAACGAGAAAGAUCCAAGGAACUGGAACUACCAUGAUCUCCCAGGCACACUGCCCAAUCCAGCCAGUGAAACUGGUAUGAUUAUCCUGGAUAAGAAGAGACAAGUUCAGACUCUACUUCUUGCUUUAUACUACAACUUCUAUGGACCUGACUUUUACUACCCUCUGUUAACUCAAGGCGGAGCCGGCGAAGGAGACAAGGACACAUUUCCAGCCGCUGCGCAUGCUCUGGCGCAACCAUACUACCAGGUGAAAGCGCCGUUCUCGUUUAUUGGGUACCAUGAUAGUGAAGGGUUCCACUCCAAGGCUCUUGGUCACUACGAUCCAGGCCAGGAUUACAGCAAAUUUUUGUCAAAGGACAAAAAAGAAAAGGAAAAGGAGCUUGAUCUUAUGUUUAUGCACCUAUCAUAUCCCAAGCUUUUCCCCUACACGCUCGAUCUGGAGCUGAAGGCGGAAAACGGUGACCAGAGAAGACUGUACCUGAGCUCUACAGAGAAAUCUGGAUAUGACUUUGAGCUUCAGAUGUGGAACAUAUUUACACAGUUACUAUGCGAGGACUACAAAUUGGACAAGAAGACCUCUUCACUGGAACUCAGUGAGAGAAUGAGAUCGAAGGCAAGGAAGCUGAAAGUUGCACAGAAAUCGGAUGCGAAACAGGCAUGCUCCUCGCUGCACCUUCCGCAUCUUAAGCACUUGAGAGCUAACCCAGAAAAGUGA